UUAAAUAAAAGUGUCCCAUUGAAAGUGUAUUAGAAAAUCUAUUUAUAGUUACUUGUUGGGGCUCCGAAAUAUGCAUCCAAAAGAUCUCUCUCCCUGGAGCAUAAUUAAACAGAAUGAAUCGAUAUAAUAUGGUGACAACAUUGAUGUCCAACGUGAGGAUGCUAAUACCUAUGGCCAUCUCCAGAAGACCUCCACCACCUAAAACUUCCUCUUCACUAGCUUGCCUCUCCAUGAAACCUCAACCACCACUACUUAAUCAGGACUCUCCUACUAAUCUUUCAUCGCCUAAUCCCGUUAGGCGUUCAGGGAAUUACGAGCCUACCAUGUGGGAUUUUCAGUUCAUUCAAUCCCUGCACAAUCCUUACGCGGGAGAAAAGUAUAUAAAGCGUUUUAACGAACUGAAGAAGGAAAUGAAGAAGAAUUUGAUGCUAAUUAUGGUUGAGGGAUCAUCACAAGAAUUAGAAAAGUUGGAGCUGAUUGAUAAUUUACAAAGGCUUGGAAUAAGUUACCACUUCAAGGAUGAAAUCAUGCAAAUAUUGAGGAGCAUAAACCAACACACUGCUCCGGGGGAUUCAUUAUACUCUACGGCUCUGAAAUUUAGACUCUUGAGACAACAUGGUUUUCAUAUCUCUCAAGAUAUACUGAACGACUUCAAGGAUGAGCAGGGUAACUUCAAGCAAAGUCUUUGUGAAGAUAUAAAAGGAUUGUUACAAUUAUAUAAAGCUUCAUUUUUCUCUAUGGAAUUUGAUCAAAUGCCUACUUCAUUGGAGUCUGCCAAUACAUUCGCAAGGUCACAUCUAAAGAACUAUUUGCACAUGAAUAGGAGUACUAGUUCAAAUGGUGAUUUUCCAGACAGGCCGACAGUGGAACUAGUGCGCCAUGCCCUGGAACUUCCUUUGCAUUGGAUGAUGUUGAGAGUAGAGACAAGGUGGUACAUUAACAUUUAUGAGAAAAUCCCAAUUUCUAACCCUCUUCUGCUCGAGCUUGCUAAGUUGGAUUACAAUAUUGUGCAAGCAACACACCAACAAGAACUAAGAAAUCUAUCAAGAUGGUGGAAGAACUCAUGCCUAGCAGAAAAAUUGUCAUUUACAAGGGAUAGAAUAGUUGAAGCUUUCUUAUGGAUAGCUGGGAUGAUGUUUGAACCUCAAAAGAACCAAAAUUGCCGAAUAAUGUUGGCAAAGGUCACUGCUAUGGCUACAGUCAUAGAUGACAUUUAUGAUGUUUAUGGCACACUUGAUGA